AUGACCACCUUCAACGUCGUGAGCUCCGGCAAUUGGCGUAUUGAGGCAGAAAGGACCCUCAACUCGAUUGCCGGGCUUAGCGAGGCUUUCCAUGACAAGGCGGCCAAACUUGACAAGAUGAAGAAAGCGAAUCCCAAAGCGAAGCUCAUCCAAGAGAAGCAAGCGUCGAGGAAGGCCGGAGGAGAGCUGCGCCUGGCACGGACUAGCUUCACCGAUCAGAUAGAGGCUGAGACCAAGGCCAUUUGUCGCCCGUUUUGCGAAGCUGUCCAUGAUCGGCUGCCGCAGGAACUACGCGAUAUCAUUGCUCGGCAUCUUUUGACCGAAACCUCCGUCACUUUCCUCUCCAGCAAAGAUGGCAAGAUCUCUAUUGUCAACGGCCUCUCGACUCUACGACACGCAUUCGAGGAGGAAUACACUGGUAUCGGACUGCACAUGGACAUCAUAAGCGAGCUGCUAAAGCAAGACGCCCGUUUCGACUUUCGCGCUCGACACGAGCUACUGGGCAAAGUCUUCAAGCACUACGCAGCCGACGAGCGCGGCGGCCUCGAUCUUGCUUGCAAAAUAAGAAGGUUGAGUUUGAUAGUGACAGAGCAUCAUCUGGAAGACCGUGAGGUUGUUCACGCUCGCCUAGAGGAACUGUGUAAACUCAGUAAAGGCGCCAAGAUCUUCGUCAUCAUCGAGACGGGUCACGGUACAAAGGCUCAAACCCUCCGCCAAGUGCGACGCGUUCUACGUGUUUUCUUCGAGCUGCUCAAACGCCUUCACAAGCUGGGCCUUCACAUCCAUAUCGUCGUCAAUCCGGCUUAUUCCGCUUCACAGGUCAAGAACGAUAGCGACGACACCUUCUCGGUCAUGCACGAAGGACCUUGGAAGUACGUAAUGACGCCAGAGAACGCUACAUUCACGGUUGAAGGCUUUGAGAAGCGUCUGAAAGAUCUCUUUGGGGCAUACGGACUGUACUGGGAUGUACGGUUUUAG